AUGGCCUCGCGAACUUCGCGUUCGAGCGGCGCUGGCGCCUUGAGAACCGCAUCCCGAGCUCGCCCUCCCUUCCGUAUCGUGUCACCUUAUGGCCGAUGUAUUCCAUUCCACGCCGCCGUUCUUAUCACCGCGCUUACAAUCGCCGCGAGUAUGGGACUCGUGGAUGGCCUGACGUCCGCGAAAGACGUCGAUGCUUUGGGGGACAUCUACAGCGGCUUUAAUCGCUCCGCAACGCUGCAGACGUGGACGUGGGGCGAUCCGUGCGGCAGCGACGGCAGCGAGAACGCGGGCAGUCCGUGGCACGGCAUCACGUGCGACGUGUCGGCCGACCCGCAACGAGUGAUCGAAAUGUACGUUGCUCCGACUGCUGCUGCUGCCGCCGCCGUUGGGUGA